AUGCCGAUCGACCUCGAGUUUCUACAUCCUACAGACAUUUAUGCUCUCAGACCGUGUCGCAACCCAGACGCGACGGAUCUCAUCGCUAUUGGCGGGGAACACUCGGUCGAGGUUAUCCUAGUUUCUGACACGGCCUGCCGCCGCAUCGCGUGUUUUCACGUCGGAUCGCGUAUAACCACCCUCGCAUGGUCAUCCAAAACCACCUCGCCAACAUCGACCGAGAAAUGGACCCUCGAGCUCGUCGCUGCCACCUCUGACUUUGGCCUGCAUCUGCUCACGAAAUCCUCCACGAGCUCCGAGUACAUAUUCCCCUUUGGCGGCGGGCUCAGUGGGCACCAUGGCCGCGUCAACGACAUGGUGUUCUGCGGUGGCUGGGACGAGGACAGCUCUCGAUACGUCGCGACUGUAUCCGACGACAAAAUGCUCAUGGUGUGGGACCUACACCCCGUCGUUGACCCCACGCAGGGCUCACGCACACCUUCCCCCGCCCUCGAACUCGACAUCUCCAUGUCCCCACCCAUGUCCUCCCGGCCCCAGCCCACCGCAUACGUCAUCCCCUUCCCGCACCCGCUCACCACCAUCCGCAACCACCCCGCGACGAGCAAAGAGUUCAUCGUCGCCGACGCCCGCGGCAGCAUCUUCCUCGUCGACUGGCGCUCCGACCCAGAGGAAGAGGCCUCCGCCGCAGAACUCCGCCACUCCAGCGUCAUUGAGCUCGUCGAGCCUGUCAAGCUCGCCGGGGAGAUUAUGGGCGGCAACAGGGACGCGCAGGGCAAGUGGUCCGCGUGUGUCGAUUGGAGAGUAGAUUCUAUGGAUGUUGUUGGAGGCGUGUUUGGCCAAAAAUUCGCCAUUUGGGAUAUCUCGAAACUUAGGGGCGGUCUCCCCCAUAUUACAGGCCCCAGUUUCUCUGAAGGCGGCCGUAUAUUCCGCUGGUGUCCAACUCACCCAGAUUACUUUGCCAUCUCCUCGCAGUCUCCUACAAAAGGCGCCAUUGUACAUGUCCAUAAUUACAGCUACGUGCACGCGCCGCCGACCGUGUUUACCCUCCGUCCGAAACCGCACUUUGUUCGCGACUUUGACUUUUUGGCAGCUGGUAACAUCCCCCGUUUGGUCAUCGCUGUAGGCAGAAUCUUGAUCGUGUUUCCUAUUGGCGAAGAACCAUGA